GGUGCCGCGCCGCGUUCGGCCGGGCGCGGGGCCGGCGUCCGCUCGCCGCGGGGUUGGGCAGGCUUCCCCGGGGGCCGUGGGGUCGCUGCCUCCGGCCGCCGAGCCUCUGGAUCGGGUGAGUCCGGGUCUGAGGACAGCACCUCUGCGGCCGGUGGGAGGACGCUGACGCGCGGAGGCCGGGCGAGGCUCCUGCCCAGCCCAGGUGAGCGCGGACUCCGGCUCCGGGCUCUGCUGGCCGCUUGGCUCGUGAACCCAGUGCAGGCACCUCACACGGCUCUUUCGAAGGGCGCCCAGAAACUUCUAGUUACGAGCCAUCAAGGCGUUUUCCCAAAGGCGAAGCUGCGAAAGCGCAAUCCAGAAAUACAGAAUGUCUGUUCUAGGUGGGCAUCUCCUGAUUGGCACCUUCACCUGCCUCCCGCAACUCACCUGAUAUUUCGAAGUCGCAGUAACACACUUGAAGAGCAGUACAGAAAGAACUAAGAAAUCUGCAGAAACAAAAAUUACCCACUUGAGAUAAGAGGGUCAUCAAAUUUGCCAUAAUUGUUGGGUGCUCAUCUUGGUUGGUGUGGCUUUAUUGACUCCUGGUUUAACCUCUAGCUAAAAGUAACACAAAGAGAAUGAAAGAAGUUGAUAAUCUUGAAAGUAUAAAAGAGAAGUGGGUUUCUGAAACAGGAUCCAACAAUCAACCUCUUAGUGAUAAUCAACAAACAAAUUGUGAAUACUUUGUUGACAGCCUUUUUGAGGAAGCUCAGAAGAUUGGUGCCAAAUGCUUGUCCCCCACUGAACAGAAGAAAGAGGUAGAUGUAAGUAUAAAAUUAUGGAAAAAUGGAUUCACAGUCAAUGAUGAUUUUAGAAGUUAUUCUGAUGGUGCAAGUCAGCAGUUUCUGAACUCUAUCAAAAAAGGGGAAUUACCUUCAGAAUUACAAGGGAUUUUUGAUAAAGAAGAGGUGGAUGUUAAAGUUGAAGACAAGAAAAGCGAACUAUGUGUAUCUACAAAGCCUGUGUUCCAGCCCUUCUCAGGACAGGGUCAUAGACUGGGAAGUGCCACACCAAAAAUCAUUUCUAAAGCAAAGAGUAUUGAAGUUGAAAAUAAAAAUAAUCUGUCCAUGGUUUCACUGAACAACUUGGAACCCAUCACUAAUAUACAGAUCUGGUUAGCCAAUGGGAAAAGAAUUGUUCAGAAAUUCAAUACAUCUCAUAGGGUAAGUCACAUCAAAGACUUCAUUGAAAAAUACCAAGGACCUCAAAGAAGUCCUCCCUUUUCCCUGGCGACAGCUCUUCCUUUCCUCAGAUUGCUGGAUGAGACACUCACAGUAGAAGAAGCAGAUUUACAGAAUGCUGUAAUUAUUCAGAGACUCAAAAAAACUGCCGAACCUCUUAGAGAGUUUUCAUAGUAUUGGUUUUUAAGAGACUUAAGUAGAAAUUUCACAGAGAAAUGAUGGUUGGAAGUGGACAUGCAAAAAUGGGAGGAAGGACCGGUCAGAUUCACUGGUCUGUUGGUGGGAGUGCUGUUUACUGCUUCUAAGGAGAAGACUUUUGAAUAAUUUCAAGUUAAGAAAGUAACAUGGCUGGAAGCUAUAUUUAAUGAUAUUUAAUGUACUUUUCCCAGAAGGCUACUCAAAAAGAAAAAUAUACUUAAUUUCAAAAACCAGUUAAUCAACAUAUAUUAAGUAGCUACAUCAUUUAGAAUCUUAAUAUGGUAUAAAUGAAUAAAAAAUGUUCACAGUUUUAAUCAUUGAAACAUUUCUAAAAAGCAGGUAUUUAUUUAAAUGUUAACUAUCUCAGUUUUUAAAUAGCAAUAUAUUAAGAAAUUAUACAUAACAGGUUAAAAGCAUUAGUGUAAUUAUUUUAUAACUGAGAUGUAAUCAAAAGGGUAGAAAGACCUUUCACCAUAGGUAUGUUUAAGACUCAGUGUGUUCUGAGUUUUCACUCUGCUGGCAGGAUACACUCAAAUAUUCAUUUGGCUACAGUAUCUAAUUUGUAUUUUCAUUUAGGAAUAUAAUUGCAUGACUUAAUAUAAUGUCAGUGUUAACAUACCCACUCAUAUUUCUGUACUUCUAAAUGUAUUUUUUUUAUUUUUACUUAUCUUUCACUUUUUUACAGUGCUGGGGUUCAAACCUAGUACCUCCAAAUGCUAGGCAAGUGCUCUACUGAGCCACAUCCUAGCACCCCUGCCUUUUAUUUAAUUGGGAAUAUAUGCAUUGUUUGUUGGUUUUUUUUUUGGCGGGGGGGUCGGUGUGGGGAAAUCCUGGCUUUUUAACACUAAGCCACAUCCCCAGCCCUUGUUAUUUUUUAUUUUGAGACAGGAUCUUGCUAAGUCUCUGAGGCUGGCCCCCUGCCUCAUCCUCCUAUGUCACUGGAAUUUAAGAUAUGUGCCGCCGUGCCUAGCUAGGGAUUUAUUUUUAGUUAACAAUUAGGCAUUUAGCCAUUCAUUUCCCACUAGUCAAAAUAUGCUACUAGGUUAUCACAUUACUAAUUAAAGAAUGUUUUUAAAUAUAUCACUUGAAGUACAAUUUUUUUAUUUCUUGAAUCCUCUAUGCAUACAUUAACAGAUUAUUUAUUACAUUCUAAUGUCACCAAGACAUCUUAGGAGUUUAACUAAAACUAGUUAAACUUCAAAACUUAUAUCAGAUUAAACACCCUGGCUUGAAACUUAAGCUUUUUUACCAAUGAAUCAUUAAAAAUAAAGUAUUGCAUCUGGGGCUGUAGCCUAGUGGUAGAGUGCUUGCCUAGCAUGUGUGAGGCAUUGGGUUCCAUCCUCAGCACUGCAUGUAAAUAAAUAAAAUAAAGGUCCAUCUACAACUGAAAAAAAAAAGUUACAUAAAUAAACAAAGUAGGUGUUGAGCAUGCCAAGGAUUAAGUGGCCCCUAUCAGCAGUAA